CCCGCAGGUCCCCCCGGACCAGGCCGGUUUCCCCGCUCCCCCCUCGCCCUCCGCCGUGAGUUGUGAUCGUGAGCACGGCGAGAGCCGCGAGGCCGCCUCCACGAAUCGAGCCAAUUUGCCGCCCAGUCCCUUCGCCCCGAUCGCAAUGCCACCCCGGAGUCAACCCCAACGGUCGCCGUGACCUGCGCCGGAGAGAUCUCUCGCGCCGAGCCCGUGGCACCGCGCAGCUGCGUGCUGCCGCGCAGGCCCACCCACCCACGCACCCACCCCGGCACGCGCUCGAUAAGGCCGCCGCGGGCGGCCGCCCCGCACCGCCACGCUGGAGCCGCCGCAGCCGGAGGCGGUGAAACCGUCGCCGACCAACGGCCGCAUCCGCUACCGCACGCCCUCGGCGGCCGAUCUGCUCCACGCCGACGAUCUCGCCGCCGCCCCCUCCGCCGCGGACGCCGCGGCGGCCACGGCGGCGGCCGCGAGGAUGCGGCGCUACUCGGGCGCCGGGGCACGGCAGCAGCAGCAGACAGAGGCCGUGGCCGACCGCGUGCACCGGUACCGCGGGGUGUUGCUGGUGCUGCUCGCGCCGGUACUCCUCAUCUCGUUCGUGCUACUUCUCAUGCCGCGCGCGCCGGCCUCCACCUCUGGGGGUGGGCUCCUCGCCGCCGGCGGUCGGAGGUGGGGCCCCCGGGCCGUUGAAGACGGAUCGAACAAGUACGCUGUGAUAUUUGACGCCGGCAGCUCCGGAAGCCGCGUGCACGUGUAUUGCUUCGACGAAAACCUGGACUUGGUGCCCAUUGGGAAGGAGAUCGAGCUGUUCAAGCAGAAAAAACCAGGUCUGAGUGCUUAUGCGAAGGAUCCGCAGGAGGCUGCUGAAUCGCUUAUUUCUCUUUUAGAGGAAGCUGAAAAGGUAGUUCCAGCAGAGUUGCAUCAGCAAACGCCUGUCAGGGUUGGGGCUACUGCAGGUCUCAGAGCAUUAGGGACUGAAAGGUCUGAAGAAAUUUUGCAAGCGGUUAGGGAACUUCUUCGUGACAAGAGUUCUUUCAAAUCCCAGCCAGAUUGGGUGACUGUUCUAGAUGGAUCUCAGGAAGGCGCAUUCCAGUGGGUUACUAUCAAUUAUCUUUUGGGAAAAUUAGGAAAGCCAUACUCAAACACAGUUGGAGUUGUUGAUUUAGGAGGUGGUUCAGUCCAAAUGGCUUAUGCUAUCUCAGAGAAGGAUGCAGUAAAGGCGCCUGAAGUGUCAGAUGGUGAAGAUUCAUAUGUGAAAAAGCUCCUACUUAAAGGAACCACAUACUAUCUUUAUGUUCACAGUUAUUUGCAUUAUGGUUUGCUGGCGGCUAGAGCGGAGAUCUUAAAAGCCGGCGAAGGCAAUGAUUACAGCGAAUGUAUGUUGGAGGGGCAUCAUGGGAAAUACAGCUAUGGUGAUAAUACAUUUGAAGCAUCAGGCUCACCUUCUGGUGCUAGUUAUACGAAGUGCAGGGCUCUUGCAGUGAGAGCUCUUAAAGUUGAUGAACCAGCAUGCACUCACAUGAAAUGCACAUUUGGUGGUGUGUGGAAUGGUGGCGGUGGGGAUGGACAAAAGAACCUCUUUGUAGCAUCAUUUUUCUUUGAUAGGGCUGCUGAGGCUGGUUUUGUUAACCCAAAUGCAGCGACUGCUAAGGUUAAACCCUCGGACUUUGAAGAAAAUGCACGGCGUGUUUGUAAAUUGAAUGUGAAGGAUGCACAGGCAACCUACCCCGAUGUCUCAGAGGAGAACAUUCCCUACCUUUGCAUAGACCUUGUCUACCAGUACACAUUACUUGUUGAUGGAUUUGGCGUGGAUCCUUAUCAAGACAUUACCUUGGUCAAGAAAGUGCCUUAUGGCGAUUCACAUGUUGAAGCAGCAUGGCCCCUUGGUAGUGCCAUUGAGGUUGCAUCUUCAUCAUAGGCAGAAACAGCUCGGCAGAAGUUAUUUCUCUUUCUUUUUCUCUAAAAGGUCUUCCGUCAUUAUAGUUUUGGCUUAGUUUACUGAUCAGCAGUAGUGAGUUUAGAUCCUCAGUUUGAUGCUAGGGUUUUGCCUCGAUUCACCAUUUGUUCUCCAUUUCUCAUUCUAUUUGUUUAGCUUCCUGCACAGUAACAUAUACAUGAGUAUAGUUUGGAGUUGUUUUCUGCUAGCAUUUUUCACCUUACCACCACAUUUGUUUAAAGCCUCUGGCAUUCAUUAUUUCGUCUAUUUCUGAUACAUAAAUCUAUUAUUCAUAACCAGAUAUGAUUUGUGGGUUGCUUA